AUGGCUUCCACCGACGACGCUCUCGAGACCUACACUCACCUUCCUCUUCACAUCGACCCUCAAACGAAACAAGUCUCCAUCCUCUCUUCAGAUAAAGCCUUGCAAGAUGCCGUUGCGAAAAUCAACCACUUGCACAGUGCUUUAAAGUCUCUCGAAACCCCCAACAAUGUCCCGCCCCCCCCUUUGCCAGUCAAUCCAAAGAGAUCGGGAAACAUUCAAAAACUGAGAGAAUCGGCUACGGCCUCAGUCCGGAAGGGUCAAUAUGCGGAUGCGAUCCGCCUUCUUGGAGUUGCCAUAGAUAUGGCUGCGGCACGACCUGGCUGGGAACCUAUGGGCCUCGCGAGAGAAGAACUCGCUUUGAUGUACCAGUCCCGAGCAGCGGCCAAUACUGGAGUCCAGAAUUGGGUAGAAGGUCUUAAAGAUGCAGAAUGCAGUCUGGAGUGCAAAAGAGGUCCCAGCAAUGGCCCUAAUGGAGAAAAGGGCCCUGGGAAUGCCAGAGCAUACCUCGUGGGAGGAAAAUGCUUGAUGGAGAUGGGUCGAUGGGCCGACGCCGUCCAGUGGCUCGAGGGAGCGAUCGAGACUGAGGGAAAGGAUGGCGACGAUGGCCGAGAGCUGGUUCGUCAGUUGACGGAGGCGAGAAAUCAUGUCGAAGGCAAAGCUUGA